AUGGGAGGAGGAAAGAACCCGUGGCAAGUGAGCAUUGACCAUGAGGGAAGCCAAGAAUUUACAGGACCUAUAGCUAAUAAAGCAGAGGAUUGUGGAGGGUUUAACAGCAGGCCCUUCUGUCUGGGGAAAUUUACACCUAGUUCAGGUGCAGUGGGUGGUUUCUUAGGAAAGUGGGCAGCCGGUGUCGAGAGGGAAAAUCUGAGCAGAAACUGGCAUAGAGUCAGUAGUGCGGACCAUCCCGUGGUAAAAGAAAUAUUAGGAGCAACCUCUGACCAGUAUGAAUGGAAGCAGUUGCUCAUGUGUAUAGUGUCGAGAGCUUUAAGGCUGAACCAUCUCGAAGCAGACACCGCCACUGGAAAGGUGGAGAUUUGGCGAAGGAGAAACUGGCAGGUCGCCUUAAAUAAAGGUAUCAACUCCCCCUGGAACAGCCAAGCCGCCGGUCAGGGGACUUUGAUAGCAUUGACUUGUUUAAUAAGGGCAUUAUUGGGGCAACACCCCCAAGGGCCAGAGCUUAGUCAAGACACCCAGAAUUUAUGCGAAGGUAUCUGGUCAUUGGUGAAAAUAAACCCGCGAAGCAAGCGUCCCGGUGAAGGAAGAGAAAAGGUCAAAUCCCUGGGACGAUUCCUAGACGUCUUACGAGAAGGAGGUGACAAAGGAGGCAUACCAUAUGGUAGUUUGGGGCUUCUGUUGAGUAUAUAUUAUGGGAUGAAUAAAUGCUGUAAAAGACAAGCUCCUUUUGAUUUGACAGGAUUAGUUGAUAAUGGGAACUUGGACUUGGGGGAGAUGGGGGCAUGUACAAUAGAUCGGAACCUUCUUAGCUGUAGUGGUAAUUCUUCCCGACCGGAAGACACCAGACUGAUAAUAUGGAAGCCUGGGUCAAGGGUAUUGUUCAGGAGGGCGCCCCCAGACGUAGACUCCCCCCCCAAUCCCCGAUUGACAACCCAAGAUAGUGAAGAAGACGUGGCCCGCCUUAGAGCCGAAACUGCCAAAAGAAAUGAAGAAUAUGUGUGA